UCCGGUCGUUUGCUCGCUCGCUCCUUCCUAUCCCGAGCGAGCUGUUUCCGGGUCAAUGCAGGACGCGGCCGCCGGACUGGGAGCUUGAAGCGGUGGGGCCCGACUGAGGCUACCACGUGGUGACAGUCAGAAGAUCAGGUGCUGUUGCCUUUGGCCUCUCCAGUCUGAAGCAAGAACUUCUAGUGAAUUACAUGGACGUGUGAUCUUUCCCCUCUGGAGAAAAAAAAAUGAAGUGCUAAGAAGAUUCCCUGAAACUCAUACAUGUAACUCCAGAGAGAGCUGAUGCUGAGACUAAUAAAUAACCAUCUUGUCAUUUCUGGAAGGGACCAUGGAUCAGGCCAGUGGGAGAAGCUUCAUGCAAGUUCUUUGUGAAAAAUACAGCCCAGAAAACUUCCCAUAUCGCCGUGGUCCUGGAAUGGGCGUGCACGUCCCAGCGACACCUCAGGGUUCACCUAUGAAAGACCGUCUCAACCUGCCAAGUGUGCUGGUGUUGAACAGCUGUGGAAUCACCUGUGCAGGAGACGAGAACGAGAUAGCUGCCUUCUGUGCUCAUGUAUCUGAACUGGAUCUUUCUGACAAUAAACUAGAAGACUGGCAUGAGGUCAGUAAAAUUGUGUCAAAUGUCCCCCACUUGGAGUUUCUGAACCUGAGUUCCAAUCCUCUGAAUUUGUCAGUUUUAGAGAGGAGGUGUGCUGGAUCUUUUGCUGGUGUUCGCAAACUCGUGCUCAACAAUAGCAAAGCUUCCUGGGAAACAGUCCAUACCAUACUGCAAGAAUUACCAGACUUGGAGGAACUUUUCCUGUGCCUUAACGACUAUAAUACAGUGUCUUGUUCUCCAGUUUGUUGUAACUCUCUCAAAUUGCUCCACAUAACUGACAAUAAUCUUAAAGACUGGACUGAAAUCCGGAAGCUGGGGAUAAUGUUUCCAUCACUAGAUACUUUAGUUCUGGCCAAUAAUUAUCUGUCAACCAUUGAAGAUUCAGAGGAUUCCCUGGCAAGGCUAUUCCCAAACUUGCGUUCCAUCAGUCUGCACAAGUCAGGUCUGAAUUCCUGGGAAGAUGUUGACAAACUUAAUUCUUUCCCCAAGCUUGAGGAAGUGAGGUUACUGGGCAUCCCUCUCCUUCAGCCAUACACCAAUGAGGAGCGAAGAAAGCUGGUAAUAGCCAGGCUACCAUCGAUCACAAAGCUGAACGGAAGUGUCAUAAUAGAUGGAGAACGAGAAGACUCGGAGAGAUUUUUCAUUCGCUAUUAUAUGGACUUUCCACAAGAGGAAGCCCCUUUCAGGUAUCAUGAACUAGUGACAAAAUACGGGAAGCUGGAAAAGCUGGCUGUGGUCGACCUGAGGCCUCAGAGUAGUGCCAGAGUGGAAGUUCACUUCAAAGAUCAAAUGAAGGAGAUGACCAUCCGCUUGGAUCAGACGGUGGCGGAACUAAAGAAACAAUUGAAAACAGUGGUCCAGCUGCCAACCAGCAGCAUGCUUGUCACCUACUUUGAUCACGAAGCUCCUUUUGGCCCCGAAGAGAUGAAGUACAACUCAAGGGCACUGCAUUCUUACGGCAUUCGGGAUGGAGAUAAAAUCUAUGUGGACUCCAAAACCAAGUAGCCUCUCUGCUCCAGUAGGCCCGCUCCAGAGUGCGCAUCUGCCCCACGUACACGAUCAAGGGACUUUCUGAUGGGGAGUUUCAUUUGGGUUCAUCGGUUGAGAUUUGGUUUUUAGAGGUGUAUCGGAUCACUUCUCUAGCCCAGGUUAGCAGGCCCAGAUCUGUGAGAUAAGUACCAGGAUUCAGCGCAGAUUACAGUCAGGAUGAUUCUAAGAGGAGUGACAUGAAGCAGGUGUGCUGUUUUCCUUUGGUAUCUCCCAGCUGCUCCAGUAUACUUCUGAAUGUAGCAUGAAAGGCUGUCUUCAAAGCUUGGAGGUUAUUACAGUUCAGCCAGGGAAUUCAGGCUUCCAGCAUGCAUAAACGUAAGGUAUGUGUAAAAAAGAUUCUGUGGGGCUCUUGUUCACUUGGCAGUUGGACUCCAAUUACAAACGGCUGCGCUGCUGUCCCUUCACCUGGGUGGUCUGUUGUUUCUUUCUUCAUGGAAGACCUUUUGGAAGUAAAGGUUCUUCAAGGAGUGUUCUAUCAGACUUAGGCCUGCAGGAUGUCCAGCAGCAUUCUGGAUUUCAGAUAGCUGAAGGAGAUAGUCUGAGAGGCACUUAUAUGCGUGUGCACACUGUGUCUCUUUCUCUGUCACACACACUCACAGACAUACACAUACCUACAGCUUCCAAAGUACAGUAACAAGGACACUACUAAAUUGAAUUCACUUAGAUAACCAUCCUGGUUUGCUAGUUCUCCAAGGUAGCAUAGGUGGACCAUCUCUGUACAGGGCACUUGGGUAUUAAAUGGAUAGCGCUUUUAUAUACAGCCACUGUGUUGGGCAGCUAAGCAAAAUAGGUGAUGGUCUGUUUUAUAAAAGUCGUUGCCUGCUUGGUUACUGAAGCAAACCACUCCUUUGAUUCUGCCAGUUUACUAAAAGAUCAUGAAUCCCUUACCUUGCCAGUAUAUUUUCAGUUCAUUAUUAUUAUGAAUUGCACUUUACCUAACCUUUCUUCCAAGAAGCUAAGGGUAACAUAAAUGCUUCUUCUCCCCCUUAUUCCCUGCAACCAUAAUUUCAUCCUUACAAUAAACUUGUGUGGUAGGAUUAGCUGAAGGAUAGACACUGGUUCUUAUCAACUAGAAACCUCAUAGCUAAUUUUAACCCAAGUUCCAGAAUUGGUAUUAGCUAUGACAGGUUUCCUAGGUGGAAACCAAAAUCCAAUACAGCUUAAUUUAUUUUUAGUCAAUUUUAAGCCAGCGGAGGGAUGCAAAACAAGUCCUGGUCCUCCAGGAAAGUUAUCCCACUUGUUGGUUAUUUUUAUGCAUGAGUCAUUGUUCUGGACUUGUCCUUUUAUAGCCCAUGAUUUGUGCAGCUCCAAUAGUGUGAGCUACUGUUACAUAAUUUCAAAGCAAUCCUUCGGUUUUAAUUUUGGGUGUGCAGUGUGCUUCUGUAAUCAGAACUUUGAUAAACUGCUGGGAAGACUACAUAAAAUGCUUUCCACUGUUUUCAUAGACUCCCAGUCUCUUGUACGGUUCUGCUUGGAAAUGCAUUAAAAUUGUUUACUUUGUAAAUCAGGCAGGUUUUGCCCUUCCUUCCUCAUGUCAGUUUGACAAGUUGGAAACAGUUGAAUCCAUCCAUUUGACACAUGCAUGUUUAAACAUCCGGAGAGCCGGCUGAUUCUUAUUACCUGUGAACUUUUGACCUUAGUUGGUAGCUUUUAUGCUCUGAAAGCAAGAUUUUUCCACCACCUGAUUCCACUACUCCCUCUUGGGGGCUUCCUUUUUAUAUAAAUUGCAGAGUGUGCGGUUUCCCCACCCCCCCUUUCUAGUAUCUAUACUGUUGGAAACCAGAAGAAACUUCUUGUUUUCUCAUUGGAAAGGGGACGUUACACUGGGAACGCUUAUCCAGCCUCUGUACAUUAAAGAAAGAGAGUGGCUUAGCAGAAUACCAUUAGGAUCACCAUCCCUUGUGAAGCCGCUGUUCUCCACCAGAUUAUAUCUAUUGGGCGUCACUCCAGAAUAAUGCGUUAGCUGGAUUCUGGAUUUUAUAACUGUAGCAAGCUGAGGUUCUUUCCUCUCCAUUUACUUAGCAAAAUGCCCUUAUGCUACCUUGUCAUGGCAUCCCAAAUCAGCAUUUUAUUUAUGAUGGAUGUGUGUGUGUGUGUGUGUGUGUGUGUGUGUGUCUUUACACAUACUGUAAUGGAGGAAUAUUCAUCUCAAUAAGAUAUUUUAUUAUAAACUAAAGAUUUAUGGAAAGAUAGAAUUGUAUAAUAUACCACUAUUUUAUCUGUGGUCUUACUGUAUAAAAUACACUAGCCCCAUAGUAGAGGUUGAAAGACCGGUUGGAUGCAAAGGACCAGCUGAUCAAAUUCUGUGGAACAAUAUUUCUUAUUUUCCUCCCCACUCCAGUGUUGAUACCAUGGUAAUACUGUUCACUACCCAUAUAUUUGGCAUCUUAGAAGGAAAUCUCCCAGGCAGUAAAGGGGUGGGGGGUGGGGGGACGGGACAGCAAAGGAAUUCCACUGAAGAUCCAUAUUUCUGUGUGUGUUGUUGAAAGAGGGUUAGUCUUAAAUCCUAAACCUACCUUCCUUAACCUAGUGUCUCUUAUGUGGCGACUUUUAGACUUCUGGAGAGCAGUAAGUUAGGGAAAAGCUGUUUUUAACUUGGAAAUCUGCAGGUUACAUAACUUAGGCAAUUCAAGAGAGUUUGCUUGAGUUGACAUUCUGCUAGAUAUAAUGUAGAGAGAAGAGGGUAUAACAAGACAGUCUUCAUGCCCACCCCUUCGAUUUUAUUCAACCCUCCCCAUUUUUUUAAAAAAAAAAAAAAAGUGAAAUGCUUUGGAAGCUGAGGUCUGCAUAUAAUUAUGUCAGCUUUCUGCAGUUAUGCAGAAUUGGCACAUAAGUAUGGACAAAAACUGUCAGCAUUGGGAGAAGCCAGGCUACAUCCAAUAUUUAAUCUUUUCAUUAGGUAUGUUACAGGAGGAUAAAAGCAGCAUGAAAGGAAGAGUAAUACAAUGGCGUUCUGCACAAAUACCCUAUUCAGCUAUAUUUUUGUGUUGGAUUGAGCUGCUAAAUCUAUGGAUCAUCCUGGUUUGCCAAUAGUACCAAAUUCACAGCAUUCUUCAACUUUCUAUGUUCAACUCAUAGUACUGAUUGGUUCCCUGUUUGUGCUUUUUUAAAUGCUGACUUUUUAAAAUACUGUGUACUAAAAGGAGAUGUCCUAGACAUUGCCAAUUUUCAACUCUGCUUUCAUCGAGGGCUGAUGUCACACUAGAUUGUUUCUGAGUGGAAACUGAUUUUGACCAUUGGUGUUUUGCUAAAAAAAAAAAAAAAAGUGUUAACAUUCAGUUCAUUUUUGGCUAUUCAUCUGAUGGGAACUGUCAUGAACCAGAUGCACAGCUGUUUGCUGUUGAACUUGUGAACUCCCCUUCAUGCUAGAAGUUCCCUCUGUUGAUAGUUAAAAGCUGGGGGACUAAAUAUUGAAGUGAUUAUUCGUAUUGCCAGCCCGAAUGGUCCAUGCUCAUCUACAUCCAAUAGAUAUCAAGAGCAAGACUAUCGAUUCUGCUGAAGCUAUAUUAUGAACUGCAGUAUCAAGUUUACAGUAGAGCAGUUGAGGCACUCAAAACCCCAGCUUUCAUUUCUAUGAAGCUGCGAUUCUCCUUAUGAUUCUGUGCCUGGAAAAAGCUCCCUGGUUUUUUUGGUGGGGGGGAUAUUCUGGUCACUGGAAGGAGAUUACAUUCUCCCCAGUGCUCUUUCCCAAAAGAUCCCAGUUUACGAAAGGUGAGUCUUUUUUAAGAUUAGUGGGGUGAUGUCAGAAAGUACUCUUAUCCUCAAUCAAGUUAAUCUGUAGAUUUCAUUGCAUCAGAAAAUAGUGUAAUUAUCUGUAAUUUUUAAUGGGCUUGUACUGAAAAACCUGGGCAACUGGGAUGUAUUAGCUUCAGAACUCAGGGGACUGUUAUCUCUGGGCAGCAAGCCAUAGCAAAUGAUUACUGACUCGUAUCUGGGUCUAGCAGUUGCUUGUAGUGUUGGACAAAAAGAAGGAUCUUGGUUUGCAGUACUAUUGGUGACUAAGUUCUGUGCAUGUUAGAUCUCAAUUUAGCAUUCACAUUAUGCAAAUUACCAAAUUUAUAACUAAUUCUGCUUCCAUAAUUAAGUUGGGCAAGAAACUUGUAUUUUUUUUCUUCCAACCUGGAAUGCUGGGCUGAAAGAGAAUGGGGGGGGGCAGGGAGGAGUAUGAGGAUUGAAUUUCUACAGUUCUGUAUUGGUGAGACCCCAGUGUAGUUGGAGAAAGAAAAAAAUAACAAGGAACGAAGUAAAAUGACAAAGACCUAGGCUGAGAAAUCUCUACACUUGCUUUGGCUUUUGAACUUUCUGUGAAAAGAUCCCAGAGAAAGCUGUGUAUAUAUGGAUCCAUUGAAGUUAAAGGCAUAUCCAUAGCUUAUUUAUUCAUUGGUAAUCUCAAGAGUUUCGGCCUAUAGCACAACAGUAUGCUUCAGUAAUAUUGGUUCUGAAGAGAUUAUAUAAAUUGUACCACCAUUUUACUAUCCUGAGCCUUUGCUGGAGUUGAAAUUAGCUAUCAAAGCAGACAGUCUCUGCUCUGCUGAAUUUCAUAAGCCAUUGAGGAUGUGGAGAGUUAAUGAAUCUAGGUCUGACUGGGAUGUUGCUCCCUGAGAAGCCCUAAUUUGUGCUAAUGGCUAGGUGCCUUGCAGUUUCUAGAGAGACCUGCAGCUACUCUUCAGGAGGACAAGCGCCUGGCUGCAACCUGUUUGCUACCAAAGUCAUAAGGAUCUGGAACAGAUACUUAGGCUGCAACUUGGAAGAAAGUGCCGUUGAAUUCCAGAGCUUGCUUUUAGAUGUUUCUGUGUAGGAUUACACCACUGGAGCCACUUUGUUGGUAUAUGCAGGGGAAUUGAACAUGAGUAAUGGCAUGAUAUCCAUGUAGAAUUACUGUUAGGUAGUAUCUGCUUGUGAAGAAUCUCCUACUCCCUGCAUUUCCCCCAUUGUUGCUUUCUUGGUGGCACAGAGCAAGCAGUGAGGAGGAGGAGGCAGCCCAUGUUCACUGCUUAUUUUACUUCCAGAUCCAACACCUGUCCAAGAUCCUUGGCAUAAUAGUUUGAAAAAGAAAUACAUGUCAACCUUGGGACAGCUAGUAAGGCACAAUUUUGAAAUACAUAGGGAUUGAAGAUUUUUCUGCACAUACAUUCAUAAAGGGUCGUGUUAACUGAAAAAAUAUCUUACAUAAUGAUUAAACAUAAAUCCACUACAGUUUUGUUUUUGUUUAUACUCUCAUUCAUGUACUUUUGUGGAAGAAAGAUAAUUUCCCUUUUCCAAGAAACAGCAUUGUAUUUCAGUGUUCAAGAAUAUAAGGCAGUCGAUCGAAUGAUUUCAAUAAACUCUAAAUUUUGUAAAA